UUGUUCCGGCGCCAAAAACCAGGAAGUGUGGUGGAAGCGCUGUAAAACGGGAGAAUUAAAUUGUUUUUAUUCCGUUCCUUGUUUAUCUUUGGUCUCACCUUUACUCACAUGGACACACCAUCUUAUUUUCCCGUACCACCCGGUGUGGGGAUGGAGGAGAAUUUUUUGUCUCUCGACGACAUUUUGCUCUCCCAGGAGAGACUGCCUGUCCGGACGGAGUGCGUUUUCCCCCGACUUGGAUUUCUGGAGAAGUCUAGUGAUUCACAGGACAUUCCAGAGGGCACAAAGAUGGAGCUUCCUCUAUGGCUCUGCAAGGGUCUAUAUGAGAAGAAGAGGAAGGUGUUGUCUGUGGAGCUUCCUAAAAUCUACAAAGAAGGCUGGAGGACCGUGUUCACGGCAGACCCCAACGUGGUGGACUUGCAUAAGAUGGGGCCCUACUACUACGGCUUGGGCUCCCAGAUGCUGCAUUUUGACAGUCCGGAAAACCCAGACAUCGCAAACGCCUUGUUACAGACGUUCAUCGGCCGCUUUAGGCGAACGAUGGACUCCUCCCAGAAUGCCUACAAUGAAGACACAUCUGUGCUGGUGGGGCGACUGGACUGCUUGGAGAAGGUUCUGUUCAGGUCCGGUCAGAACGGCCUGAACGGCUUCCAGUGCUGGGAGAAGGGCCAGGCCGCACAGCUCACUGCCUCCAGCCUGGUUCUGAACUACCGCAAGAGGAAACUCGUCGAUGUUCAGUCCUGACCUCGGCCCGCUCGUACCGGGUCGAUAGGAGCAGAUUUAGUCAGGACGACGUCCUCCUCCACACCUGACCCAAAGAGACUAGAGGCACGAGGACCCUGGCUGAAAUGCAGACAUGUUUAAUUAAUAAUUGGGGCACAAUUUUUAGUGUAUAAAUAUUGUUUUUAUGAAUGAGAAGUAAAGGUUUUACAGUU